ACACAAGACACACUGUCAGCCCUGCCCGUGUCUUACGUCACAGGAAAAGCUGGAGUCCCGGGGGUCGGCGCUGUGUGUGGCGGGCGGGUGAGGUCUCCUAUCUAUCUACCUAUGUAUGAGGUUGCCAGGUGUUGACUUGUUGGAAGGAGAAGACAUCCUCGGGUGACUCCUCCCCCUCAGCUACCUGUGUACACCCCUCCCCCUCCCUCCCUCCCUCCGUUCCCGGGUGUCCUCUCUCCAUCUAUGCCGAGCCGAGGGAUGUGACAGAGGCAGUAACUGUGGCGGAGGAGGAGGGACACAGGCGAUCAGCUGGGAGGAUUACAGCCGUGUACAGCCGUCGGAGAAGAGGAAAGGGAAGGUAGGAGGGAGCGGAGCUGACUGGCUGGCUGACAGGCGGUGUGUGGAGGAGAAAGCAGCGAGGAGAUCCCGGGAGAUCGCCGUCCAUGGUCGCAGAGCCCAGCCGCCUUCCCUCAGUAUACAGAUCCGAGCAGUAAGGAGGGAGGGGGGAUCUGGUCAGCACUGCAGCCCCAUUUUCUGAUGACAUCCUAUGGCAAACAGGUGCUGGGGAAUGCCUAGAAAUGAGCAGCUCCCCCCCCCCCCCCAUAGGCGGACAAUGAUAGAUGUGGGGCUACUCCAUUGCUUGGUACUGCAAGUGUCACAUUGAUGCUGAUAUUCCAGAAUAGAAGGGACACAGCAAUACACAGCAAGCAUCCCUGAUCAGGAGACAUGAGCCUGCAAGCUUCUCCUGAUUAUCAAUGACAGCUGAGUGAAGGUGUGUGAGAUCUUAUGGACUCCAUUUGUGGAAGGAGGAUUUCCCCCCUACCAUAAGACUGCCCUGGUUAUCUGUAGAGGAAGGCCCCAUCGUCUGUCUGUCCUGCCCACUUUCUUGCAAUAUGGCUGGCGCAGGAAUUUGGGGGUUGAGACAGAAGCGGCUUUCAGGUUUUCCUGGGUCCUCCUGUUAGCGAUGGCCAGUGGCAACAAAUCGCAAAGCGACUUCAGUAGCAUUGGCUUGACCAUGAACGCCAUCAACAACAACAACAACAUGCAUCAAGAUUCCUUCGUUUUAGCCAAGGGAGAUCCCGCUCUCAUUAUUCCCGUCACUAUGGAGGUGCCAUGUGACAGUCGGGGACAGCGGAUGUGGUGGGCAUUCCUGGCCUCUUCUAUGGUGACAUUUUUCGGGGGCCUUUUUAUUAUCUUGGUGUGGAGGACUCUAAAAUACCUUUGGACAGUCUGCUGCCACUGUGGGGGCAAGAAUAAGGAGGUACAAAAAGUUCCAAAUGUGGUCAGCACUACAAUAACUGAUGGGGACUACAAACCAACUGACGAGAAGGAGGAACUCGCAGUUGCUGAGGUGGGCUGGAUGACAUCUGUAAAAGAUUGGGCUGGUGUGAUGAUCUCAGCUCAGACCUUGACGGGUCGAGUGCUGGUAGUGACUGUCUUCGCUCUGAGCAUUGGAGCCCUAGUAAUAUACUUCAUUGAUUCAUCCAACCCUAUUGAAACAUGCCAAAACUUCUACAAAGACUUUACACUUCAGAUAGACAUGGCCUUCAACAUCUUCUUCCUCCUUUACUUCGGUCUACGGUUUAUUGCUGCCAAUGACAAACUGUGGUUCUGGCUGGAGGUGAACUCUGUGGUGGAUUUCUUUACAGUGCCUCCCGUGUUUGUGUCGGUUUAUUUAAACAGGAGCUGGCUGGGCUUGAGAUUUCUACGAGCUUUGCGGCUUAUUCAGUUUUCAGAAAUUCUGCAAUUUUUAAACAUUUUAAAAACAAGUAACUCCAUUAAGCUGGUAAAUCUUUGCUCCAUUUUUAUCAGUACUUGGCUAACUGCUGCGGGCUUCAUUCAUUUGGUGGAGAACUCUGGGGACCCAUGGGACGAUUUUCGAAACUCUCAGAGCAUUUCAUAUUGGGAAUGUGUCUACUUGUUAAUGGUUACCAUGUCAACUGUGGGAUAUGGUGAUGUUUAUGCAAAAACCACCCUUGGCCGUCUCUUCAUGGUCUUCUUCAUUCUUGGCGGUUUGGCCAUGUUUGCCAGCUACGUCCCUGAAAUCAUAGAGUUAAUAGGAAACCGAAAGAAAUAUGGUGGUUCUUAUAGUGCAGUUAGUGGACGGAAGCAUAUUGUGGUCUGUGGUCAUAUCACUUUAGAGAGUGUAUCCAACUUCUUGAAGGAUUUCUUGCACAAGGACCGAGAUGAUGUCAACGUGGAGAUUGUAUUCCUGCACAACAUAUCUCCAAAUUUGGAGCUAGAAGCUCUCUUCAAGAGGCACUUUACUCAGGUAGAAUUUUACCAGGGAUCCGUCCUGAAUCCCCAUGAUCUUGCAAGAGUCAAGAUUGAAUCAGCAGAUGCCUGUCUAAUCCUAGCCAACAAGUACUGUGCUGACCCUGAUGCGGAAGAUGCGUCAAACAUAAUGAGGGUCAUCUCGAUAAAAAACUAUCAUCCAAAGAUCCGGAUUAUCACACAGAUGCUGCAGUAUCACAACAAGGCACAUCUACUAAACAUCCCUAGCUGGAAUUGGAAAGAAGGAGACGAUGCAAUUUGUCUGGCUGAGUUGAAGCUUGGCUUCAUUGCUCAGAGCUGUCUGGCACAGGGUCUAUCCACCAUGCUUGCAAAUCUCUUCUCUAUGCGUUCUUUUAUAAAGAUUGAAGAGGAUACAUGGCAAAAAUAUUAUCUGGAAGGUGUGUCCAACGAGAUGUAUACAGAAUACCUAUCGACUGCAUUUGUGGGACUCUCCUUUCCCGUGGUGUGUGAGUUGUGCUUUGUAAAGCUGAAGUUGCUGAUGAUAGCUAUAGAGUACAAAUCUGAAAAAGGGGAAAGCAGAAGCAGAAAGCGGAUUAUAAUUAACCCAGGAAAUCACGUGAAGCUUAAAGAAGGCACUCUAGGGUUCUUCAUAGCAAGUGAUGCCAAGGAAGUUAAACGUGCUUUUUUCUACUGCAAGGCUUGCCAUGAUGAUAUUACAGACCCUAAAAGAAUCAAGAAAUGUGCAUGCAAGCGACCCACAAAGAAAGAAGCUAGAUUAAGUGUCCACAGACUGUCCUUUCUUCCCCAGAAUGUCACUUCUAAUUCUGUACCUAAACUCAGCCCUGAGCCCCAAGAGCCUGUUCCUCUUGUUAACAAUCGCAAAGGAAGCCUGUUUUUACCUUGUGACCCCUCUCUACUGCGCCUGCAAUUACUGAACUCCUCUGAUACAGGAAAAAUUUCCAACCUUGGGUUGCAGCGGGCUCUCAGCUUGCCAGGCAAAUACCGUUACCACCCUAAGCAACCUGUUUUCAACCAACACCUAUUUGAAGAUGAGCAGCCAUCGGCAUUGUCACCUAAGAAAAAGCAGCGAAAUGGAGGAAUGCGGCACUCUCCAAAUUCCUCUCCAAAUAUGAGACAUGAUCCACUGCUAAUGUCUGCUAAUGAUCAGAUAGAUAACAUGGACUCCAGCAGUGUGAAGAAGUAUGACUCUACUGGUAUGUUCCACUGGUGUCCGGCAAAAGAGAUGGAGAAAGUUUUGUUGACACGAAGUGAAGCUGCCAUGACAGUUCUAAGUGGGCAUGUCGUUGUCUGUAUAUUUGGAGAUGUAACAUCAGCAGUUAUUGGGCUUCGGAAUUUGGUGAUGCCACUAAGAGCCAGUAACUUUCACUAUCACGAACUAAAACCUAUAGUAUUUGUUGGAUCCUUGGAAUACCUAAAGAGAGAAUGGGAGACGCUUCACAACUUCCCAAAGGUUUCUAUCCUGCCUGGCACACCAUUAAGCCGAGCUGAUCUAAGGGCUGUCAACAUUAACCUGUGUGACAUGUGUGUUAUCCUGUCAGCCAAUCAGAACAAUAUUGAUGAUACUUCACUUCAGGACAAGGAAUGUAUCUUGGCAUCUCUCAACAUCAAAUCCAUGCAGUUUGAUGACAGCAUAGGGGUCUUGCAAGCUAACUCUCAAGGUUUUACUCCACCUGGAAUGGACCGUUCUUCCCCUGACAACAGUCCAGUGCAUAAUCUAGCAAGGCAGCAAUCUAUCACUACAGGGGCCAACAUUCCCAUCAUUACUGAGCUUGUGAAUGAUUCCAAUGUUCAGUUCCUGGAUCAAGAUGAUGAUGAUGACCCAGACACUGAGCUCUAUCUGACCCAGCCUUUUGCCUGUGGAACUGCCUUUGCUGUAAGCGUGCUGGACUCACUCAUGAGUGCAACAUAUUUCAAUGACAAUAUUUUAACAUUGAUCAGAACAUUGGUGACAGGAGGUGCAACACCAGAGCUAGAGGCCCUUAUAGCAGAAGAGAAUGCAUUACGUGGUGGAUACAGCACCCCACAAACUCUGGCCAACAGGGAUCGCUGUCGAGUAGCCCAGCUGGCAUUGUAUGAUGGUCCAUUUGCCGACCUUGGGGAUGGGGGAUGUUAUGGGGAUUUGUAUUGCAAAGCUCUGAAAACAUACAACAUGCUAUGCUUCGGUAUAUAUCGACUACGUGAUGCACACACAAAUACACCAAGUCAAUGUACGAAAAGGUAUGUUAUCACAAAUCCUCCUUAUGAAUUUGAGAUGGUGCCCUCUGACCUCAUCUUCUGCCUGAUGCAAUUUGACCACAAUGCCAGCCAGUCUCGUGCCAGCCUCUCUCACUCCUCACACUCUUCACACUCCUCAAGCAAAAAGAGCUCGUCUGUUCACUCCAUCCCAGCUUCGGCCAACCGCCAGAACCGCGCAAAAGCUCGUGACACUCGUGACAAACAGAAGACGAAUAGAAUGGGCCAAGCAGAAAAGAAAUGGUAUACAGAUGAAAUGGAAAAUGCUUAUCCCAGAAACAUUCAGAUUAAGCCAAUGAGCACACAUAUGGCUAAUCAGAUUAAUCAAUACAAAUCGACGAGCAGCUUGAUACCGCCAAUCCGAGAGGUCGAAGAUGAAUGUUAAUCCUAAACUGAACUUUUUAGGGGAAAACUACAAAGACCUAUCACAGAACUUGAAGACAUAUCCAGACUUGCAAAACAAACUAAUAACUGCAAGCAUAAAAGUGGUGUCAUUCAAUAGGCCUGUGAGAAGCAAGACGUUGUUUUGUAUUUCCAACUGGCAUACAAUGACUGGAAAAAGCAAGUGUACAUUAUUUAAUUUAUAAAUGAACAGCAUCUAUAUAGUCAUGUAUAGCCUCUAGUGUUUUAAAUUAUUUUUAUUCAUUAGAAAGAAGAAAAAAUAUAUAUAAAUAUAUUUUUUGUCAAGUCUUUGCCCAAAAACUAAGGAUUAAUAACAGCCAUUUAUAUGGGAAGGUGAUGAAAGGACUUGUGUCAAACAUACAGUACUUUAAGUACAGCUAAAUACUUUCCCUGCUACAAGACCAAGUGAGCUGCUUCCUAGGACAUCAUCACACAUUCAAAGCAGGUUACGUUUGCCUUGGAAGAUCAGAUAAAGGAUGUCAUUGCUGAACUAGUCCAUGCUUCUGCCACAGAGUUGUAUGGGAUCUGAAUAAUUUUGAUUGAAAUUACUUUGCUACUUUUUUUGUCUCACAGUCAACUAGCAUUAUUAAUGAUGGAUUUCAAUGGUUCCUGUAAACCUUCCUAAGAACACAAUCCCAACAAAUGCAACAACUCAGGCUAGAGUUUUGUUUUGUUUACUUUUCUGUUUGAUUUUUUUUUAUUAUAUUUAAUAUGUCAUAUUAAUGAGUUAUAAACAACCGCCGAUAAUUUAUUUUAUUACUUGAUUACAGUUGUAAAUGAAUUGCAACUUCAUCCUUAAUUGGUUAAAAUAUACAUUUUCCAUUUUGAUAAAGUAAAUGUCACUGAGCAAUUAUCAUAUAAAUGAGUGAUGUACAAGAGAUGCAUUUAAAGGGCCAUGUAUGUGUCAGGGCAGGUGCAAUGUAUUCUGACACGUGGGUCCACUUUUGCUACCUGUUUAGAUGUGAUCCAGAAUGAUAUGCUGUCUUUAAAAAAAAAAAAGGUAAUGCAGCUCUCACUGGCAAUUUCUAAUGCCCUUUAGAAAUAAAAAAAAAGUCCUUUGAAAACAGUACUUAUUAAAGCAUUAUUAGAGUAAAGUGAACCCCACUUUAAAAACAAACCAGAAAUGUUGUCACGUUUAUCCAUAUUAUUUUAGGUUUGGGUAAAAAGCGAAUGAUUCAACUGUUAAUCGACGUAUUACCUUUGUAAAGUCAUCACUUUGCAGGUUUUAUGCUAUCUACUUUCCACUAUUUGUGCAGAAAGGGAAUAACAACAUUUAACACUGUAGUGGGAGAUAUUCUACUAUCUUGCAUAGCAGCAAUAUUCUGAACUUCCCUGACUAUGGGGUGGGCUUCAGUGGUUCACUUAAAACAGAUAUAUACCAACUCACACAAAGUAGUAGAAAUGGAAAACCCAGUGCUUGCAGGAAUUAGGAACAUGCAGUGCUUUUAUUGCAUUUUAAAGUAAACCAUUACUUUCAGUAACACAACCAUGCUGCAUUAGAGCUUUUUCAUUUUAUAUAUAGUUAUUCUAGGGACAUACAUUUUAUUCUGGUGCAGUUUUAACAAUUUAGACUGUAAGUUGUUAAAAAAUCAGGAAUAUUGCAAAAAAAAAAAAAAAAAAAGGACCAACAUUAAUGUAUUGCUCAUUGAAUAUUCAUUCCUAGGGCUUCUUUGAGGACUGGGUCCGCUACAUCACAGCCAGCAGUAACUGCUUGAAAAAAAAAAAACACUUUCCUACAUUUUCAGGUUAAACCCACUGUUGUGCUCACAUGUGAAAACUGUGGUCUGAUGCUUGUGAAGAUAGGCUGGAUUCAAUGUUACACAAAUAUAGGAUGCAUUAAUGCUUUUUUUUCAGUUGCAACAACUUGAAGUCAAUGUGUCCACAAGCCCAGGAUGGGUCUACAAUGUUUUCAUUAAAUUGACUACUUUUACAAUA